GGCACCUUUGUGCCCAGCCUUUUCCAGCUGUCGGUGCGUGGCCCGGGGUGGGGGACACCCACGUCCCUCAUGAAGCUCUGGGGGCCACAGAUGGCCACUGACUGUGAAGAAGAGUGUCCUUCCCCAAGAGCAGAGGAGCCCCAGCGCCGGGGCACAGGGACCUGGCACUCCAUGGCCAUGGCGGCCAGCGACUCCACCCUCCUGGAGGCCAGGGAUGCCCCUCUGAGGAUCUACAUCACCUCCCUGAUGCCCACCGCCGAGGGCAACCUGGAGAUCAUUCUGCACAGAUGGGAGAACAACAAUUGUGUUGAGAAGAAGGUCCUUGCAGAAAAGACUGAAAAUCCAAAGAAUUUCAGGAUCAACUAUAUGGCGGUGAACGAGGUUACACUGCUGGAGACUGACUAUGACAAAUUCCUGUUUCUCUGCAUGAAGAGCACCGUCACCCCCAAGCAGACCACCAUGUGCCAGUACCUGGCCAGAUCUGAGGAGGCAGACAACGAGGUCAUGAACGAAUUUUUCCGUGCUGUCUUGACCUUGCCCGUGGACUCACGGAUCCUCAUGGGAUGGCACCAUGUGCCAGAGCCGUGCCCUAUCUAGGAGAGCUCCUGCCUGGUCCUGCCUGCUGGGAAGACCAGACCCCCGCCCAGCCACACCUCCAGCAUCGUACGACCUCCCCCUGCCCUUUCAAAGAAUGUCCACGGCGCAGAAGACGACGGCGUGGCCACCGUGUUCCGGUCCCUUCCUGCUGCACACCUGCACCUCGGGCGUGGGGAGGCUGCUCCCUGGGGACCGCGUCUGGCAGAGAUGAUUAAUAAACCCAUACAACA